AUGAAAUCUGAAAUACUUUUAGCACUUCCAUUCAAUCAACCAUGGUUUUGUCCAGCAGCCAUUUGGAAUUCUGAUGGAAUUACUUUCGCUGAUCAAUCGAUAGUUGGUUCGGAUCCUUACGCCAUUUUUGUGAACACAAACAACACAAUCUAUGUCGCUAAUCGAGAAAAUAGCACAAUUCUGAUAUGGCAUGAAGAGAGUGUCAAUCCAAUAAAGAUCAUUUCUGGUAGUUUUAUAGAUCCAUCUUCUCUCUUUGUGACAUCAAACGGUGAUAUUUAUAUUGAUGAUGGUUUUAAGAAUGGUCGAGUAGAGAGAUGGAUAGUAGAAACAAAUACCUUUGUCACAGUGAUGAAUGUCAGUUCACGAUGUGAUGGUUUGUUUGUCGAUAUCAAUGAUACUCUUUACUGCUCAAUGUAUUUGGAAGAUCAAGUAAUGAAAAGAUCAUUGAAUGAUCCUCUAAUGACUUCAAAUUGUGUUGCCGCUGGAACAGGUAUUGAAGGAUCAGCAUCAAAUGAACUUGAUGGUCCUGGUGGAAUUUUUGUUGAUGUAAACUUUGAUUUAUAUGUAGCAGAUUGUGGAAAUGAUCGGAUUCAGUUGUUUCAGCUGGGAGAAUCAAAUGGUAUCACAGUGGCUGGAAGUGAAUCACUAAAACCAACAACCGAACUUUACUAUCCCACUGCAAUUACAUUAGAUGCUGAGAAAUAUUUAUUCAUUGUAGAUAAUAACAAUCAUCGCAUUGUCGGUUCAAGCUUGAAUGGAUUUCAAUGUUUAGUUGGAUGUUAUGGAAUGGGUUCACAAUCCAAUCAAUUGAAUAGUCCACUUAGUUUUAGUUUUGAUCGUUCUGGGAACAUGUUUAUUACUGAUACAUCAAAUUCUCGAAUUCAAAAAUUUGAAUAUUUGGAAGAAUCAUGUGUGGAUAACUCAUUACUAAUAAAAUCAAUGUAUUCAUCAUCAUUGACACCAAAUAGUUCAAUUUAUUUUCAAGAAUGUUCAGAAUUAGGUUCCUAUUAUGAAGCGAUACAAAUGAAUGUCACUAUCACUGGAUAUUAUGCUUUUUUAAUCAACAGCGAGAUGAAGACCAUGGGCGCUUAUAUCUACACGAAUAACUUCAAUCCAUUCGAUGUAUCCAAAAAUGUGCUGAGCCAUAGUGGAGACUCUGAUAAUCAAGGUCAAUUUAAAAUCACAGCUGCUCUUCAAGCCAACAUGAUAUAUGUUGUCGUUAUAACAACAUCUUCUCGGAAUUUAACAGAAAAUGUUUCGAUUCAAGUAUCUGGCCCAAAUUGUAUCGAUUUCAAUCGUAUUUGUUCGCCAUCAGCCAUGCGAAAACCAUAUCUGUCAACUGUACAAUCGAAUUAUUCAUCAGAGUUGACUAUGAAUAGUCAAACAUAUUCUCGAGAUUGUCGAGAAUCAAAUUAUUACUAUCAAACUAUACGAGUGAAUAUAGUGGAAAAUGCAUACUAUGCUCUGAGUAGUGAUAGCACUAUGGAUACAUAUGGUUAUAUUUACAAAGAUGAUUUUAAUCCAUUGAAUCCUUUCGAGAAUUUACUCUCACAAAAUUAUCGAAGUUGUAGUUAUGAAGAUUUCAAUUUUAUCGUUUAUCUUCACAGUGACACUAAGUACAUAUUAGUGGUGACAACAUCGUCUCCCAAUAAGACAGGAAAAUUUUCCAUUUUAACAUCUGGCCCAAAUAAUAUCACUCUUGAUCCUUACACUCAAAGUCUGACCAAUUGUUUCAUUGGUCAAAAAUGUCAGUUCUACAAAAAAAGUAUUGGUGUUACUCUCGAUGAUAUUUUACGUGACCAGACUCGACCGAAUAUAACAAUGACUGAUCAAACAAUAUUAGUGAAAAUCAACGCCGCUUUAACGAUGAUUAUGUUUAUUGGAGCCCUUUCAUUAAAUCAGCCAAAGUUUCCUCCAUCACCUAUUUGGGAUUCUAAUGGAAUCACUUUCGCUGAUCAAUCGAUAGUUGGUUCGAAUCCUUACGCCAUUUUUGUAAACACAAACAACACAAUCUAUGUUGCUAAUCGAGAAAAUAGCACAAUUGUAAUAUGGCAUAAAGAAAGUGUCAAUCCAACAAAGAUCAUUACCGGUAAUUUUAUAGAACCCAGGUCUCUCUUCGUGGCAUCAAAUGGUGAUAUUUAUAUUGGUGAUAGUUUUAAAAAUGGUCGAAUACAGAGAUGGAUCAUAGAAACAAAUACCUUUGUCACAGUGAUGAAUGUCAGUUCACGAUGUGAUGGUUUGUUUGUCGAUAUCAAUAAUACUCUUUACUGUUCGAUGUAUUUGGAAGAUCAAGUAGUGAAAAUAUCAUUGAAUGAUCCCCUAAUGACUUCAAAUAGUAUUGCUGCUGGUACAGGUAUUAAAGGAUCAGCCUCAAAUGAACUCGAUAGUCCUGGUGGAAUUUUUGUCGAUGUAAACUUAGAUUUAUAUGUAACAGAUUGUGAAAAUAAUCGGGUGCAAUUGUUUCAGUUAGGAGAAUCCAAUGGCAUCACAGUGGCUGGAAGUGAAUCACUAAAUCCAACAAUUACACUUAACUGUCCGAAGGGAAUCAUAUUAGAUUCUGAGAAAUAUUUAUUCAUUGUGGAUCUAGGCAAUAGUCGCAUUGUUGGAUCAAGCAUGCAUGGUUUUCGAUGUUUAGUUGGAUGUUAUGGAGAGGGAUCACAAUCCAAUCAAUUGGAUUAUCCAUUUAGUUUUAGUUUCGAUCAUUCUGGAAACAUGUUUGUUACUGAUCGAUGGAAUGAUCGAAUUCAAAAGUUUUUAUUGAUGAAUGAUUCUUUUGCUCUAUCAUUCAAUCAACCAAGGUUUUCUCCAACACCCAUUUGGAAUUCCAAUGGAAUUACUUUUGCUAAUCGAUCGAUUGUUGGUUCGAAUCCUUACGCCAUUUUUGUAAACACAAACAACACAAUCUAUGUUGCUAAUCGAGAAAAUAGCACAAUUAUAAUAUGGCAUAAACAAAGUGUCAAUCCAACAAAGAUCAUUCACGGUAAUUUUACAGAUCCUUUUUCUCUCUUCGUGACACCGAAUGGUGAUAUUUAUAUUGAUGAUGGUGAUCAGAAUGGUCGAGUACAGAGAUGGCGUGCAGAAACAGAUGCCUUUGCCAUGGUGAUGAAUGUCAGUUCACGAUGUGAUGGUUUGUUUGUCGAUAUCUAUGAUACUCUCUACUGUUCAAUAUUUCAUGAUGAUCAAGUGGUGAAAAGAUCAUUAAGUGAUCCUAUGAUGCUUUCAAAUCGUGUUGCUGCUGGUACAGGUUUUGAAGGAUCAGACUCAGAUGAACUUGAUGGUCCUGGUGGAAUCUUUGUCGAUGUAAACUUAGAUUUAUAUGUAACAGAUUGUGAAAAUAAUCGGGUGCAAUUGUUUCAGUUAGGAGAAUCCAAUGGUAUCACCGUGGCUGGAAGUGAAUCACUAAAUCCAACAAUUACACUUGACUGUCCAAACGGAAUUAUAUUAGAUGCUGAAAAAUAUUUAUUCAUUGUGGAUCUGAAAAAUCAUCGCAUUGUUGGAUCAGACUUGAAUGGUUUUCGAUGUUUAGCUGGAUGUUACAGACUGGGAUCUCAAUCCAAUCAGUUAUAUAACCCAUUUAGUUUCAGUUUUGAUCAUUCUGGGAACAUGUUUGUUACUGAUCAAUUAAAUCAUCGAAUUCAAAAGUUUUUAUUGAUGAAUGAUUCUUUUGCUCUAUCAUUCAAUCAACCAAGGUUUUGUCCCACAGCCAUUUGGAAUUCCAACGGAAUCACUUUCGCUGAUCAAUCGAUAGUUGGCUCGGAUCCUUACGCUAUUUUUGUGAAUACAAACAACACAAUCUAUGUCGCUAAUGGAGAAGACAACACAAUUGUAAUAUGGCAUGAAGAGAGUGUCAAUCCAACAAAGAUCAUUCAUGGUAAUUUUACAAAUCCUUCUUCACUCUUCGUGACACCGAAUGGUGAUAUUUAUAUUGAUGAUGGUGAUCAGAAUGGUCGAGUACAGAGAUGGCGUGCAGAAACAGAUGCCUUUGCCAUGGUGAUGAAUGUCAGUUCACGAUGUGAUGGUUUGUUUGUCGAUAUCUAUGAUACUCUUUACUGUUCAAUGUAUUUGGAAGAUCAAGUAGUGAAAAGAUCAUUGAAUGAUCCUAUGAUGCUUUCAAAUCGUGUUGCUGCUGGUACAGGUUUUGAAGGAUCAGACUCAGAUGAACUUGAUGGUCCUGGUGGAAUCUUUGUCGAUGUAAACUUAGAUUUAUAUGUAGCAGAUUGUUACAAUGAUCGGGUUCAGUUGUUUCAGUUAGGAGAAUCCAAUGGCAUCACAGUGGCUGGAAGAAAAUCACUAAAUCCACCACUUGAUUGUCCAAAUGGAAUUGUCUUAGAUGUUAAGAAAUAUUUGUUCAUUGUGGAUACUGGCAAUCAUCGCAUUGUAGGUUCAGGCGUGAAUGGUUUUCGAUGUUUAGUUGGAUGUUAUGGAGAGGGAUCACAAUCCACUCAAUUGGAUCAUCCAUUUAGUUUUAGUUUCGAUCAUUCUGGAAACAUGUUUGUUACUGAUCGAUGGAAUGAUCGGAUUCAAAAAUUUGAAUAUUUGGAAGAAUUGUGUGAAGAUGAAGGUGGAAAUGAAGCUCCUAAGGGAUUUUGA